AUGGAGGCACCAGCUGCUGUGGAGGACAUUCCUAUGGACGCAGGUGCAGAGGCGGCUGAGGAUCAGCCUCAGGAAUUUCCGGGUGGUCCGAGCGACCCAUUUGUGUUGACAGCGUAUGCGGAUCACGUUGCUUGCAACGUAUGGACGGGAGAGGAGCGUCCUGAAUUGAAGCUAUCCUCUCAUGGGAGGAAGGUCCACAGUUUAGGCAGGCCUGUCCCUGCCAUUGAGGGACUUAUUGCUGGUACAGGACUAAGUCCUCUGAUCGCGUGUUCGGUAGACACCGGCGAUCGGGGACUUUUGUCCGCGUUUGUGGAACGGUGGCACCGAGAGACGUCUAGUUUCCAUCUCCUGGUGGGAGAGCUCACCAUCACAUUGGACGACGUCUCCUCUCUUCUCCAUCUUCCCGUUAUUGGCGACUUACACGCAUUUCAGCCCUUGAACAUGGACGAUGCGGUUCAGAUGCUGGUGGACUUGUUGAUGGUGUCUCCAGAGUCUGCUAGGGCUGAGACAGUCCAGUGUCGCGGACCGUACGUACGCCUGCAAUGGGUACGUGAUAUAUAUCAGCAUCGAUGCCAGGCAGGUCAUUGGACAGCUGCGGCUCGUGCAUAUCUUCUUCACCUACUGGGUUGCACUCUGUUUGCUAACAAGAGUGCAACCAAUGUCCAUGUUGUCUACUUGGAGGCCCUUCGUGACCUCAGUAUGACAGAGAGGUACGCUUGGGGAGUGGCUGCUUUGGUUCAUAUGUACGACCAGCUGAACGAUGCAUCUAUGAGCCACAGUCGACAGCUUGGCGGUUACAUCACAUUGCUGCAGAUUUACGAGCAAUUUCCCUCGGUUGCGGAGUCCACCGCUGAUCAGGACUACGACGAGGCUUCUCCGCGUGCGUGCAGGUGGAUUGCGACGAAGAAGACCGUGAAAAGCAUUCGCACGCCGUCGUAUAGGGAGCGCCUGGACCAACUCCGGAUUCCGGAUGUCUGUUGGAUCCCUUAUGGGGAGCAUCGGGAGGUCCGGGACUUCCACGUCAGAUCAUGCUAUUCCGGUCUCUUGCGCUGGGGGCCUGUUGUUGUUUAUUGCCGACCGGAGAGGGUCGUGCGGUGGAUGCACUACGAGGAUCAUAUCGUACCUGCAGGUGAGGUGUGCGUUGUGCCAGGGGUGUGUUCCAGUGACUACAUCGACUGGUUCUUCCGCAUCUCUCAUCCUUUCAUGACACCAGGCCACGCAUUAGAUCCCCUGCCUCAUGGUCACGCCCCACAGGCCCGAUUCGUCCCUCAGGCCCCGUAG